AUGGUAUGCUCGUACACCGUCGUAGCCGCUGGUGUCUUCUCCACCUUUCUCUGCAUCAAUCAAUGUGCCACUUACAACAACCAGCUGGCCGGCAAACAACACACAACAGUCGAUGGAUGGGUGACGACCGGAUGUGAGGCCCCCAAGCUACCCACGGGCGGCAAUGCAGUGAACCGCAUUUGUUCAACGAGGGACUGCCUCACUGAUGACGAACCCCGCCCAAUGACCCGUCAUCCCAAGAGAAAAUUAAGCGCCGGACUCGCCCUCGACACCACUCAUUGGUCACACACGUGCAUGGGUGCCUCCCAUACAUAUCCUGGCAGCCACAUCGCCCAACCCUGCUCGUCCAGCCCAGUCGUGGCUCUCGCCGACAUCCCCCUCACGAGAGUCGGGCGCUUCGACGACCUCGUCGAUUGGCUGCUCGACAGCGGAUGCCCCAGCGGCGAGCCACACCAUCCCAUCUGCCCUAGGCUGGACUUCCCCAUCUCCCAUGCAACUGACCCCAUGAUGGAUGCCGCCGCAAAAAAGGAUGCCACCGCAAAAAGUCCUGGGGGCUUGGCUCCGUCGGCGCCUAACUGCUUUGUGCGAGUGCUUAAGUCGCCUCGUCACCCCAGGCCAUGCCACGAGACGGGAUCAUCAGUGACGGCUAUCCGGUAUAGCAUAGGCACCAUCAACAUGGCCCAGGUCCUCCGCGCGUCCCCAAACAGCUUUCAGCCCGCUGAGCCUUCGCUGGGUCGAAGGCAAAAGAGGCAACUUAAUCCUAUUUUAGAGGAGGACAGCGAUGACGACGGCCAAAUUGACAUGCCUUGUCAGAACCCAAAGGUUCAGGGUCACGCAUGGUUCUCCCCUAUGAGCGACCAUUUUCCGACGCCGCGAGGCGUGAACUUUCUCUCUGCUCCAAUUCUUCCGUCGUCUCCUUCUACAGUAUCUGCCGACAGCUCGCCGAUGACGUCUUCGAACCCGUGGAAUAAUCGUGCUAGUACCGCGACAGACAAUACUGAGUUUGAGGACAUUUAUGAUGUUUCCGAUGAUGAAGAUGACUUCCCCCGAGGCUUACGCCGAAGCAUGUCUCUCAAGAACGAUCAGCAGGUAACCGCCGGGGCGUCCAAGUUUCCAGGGCGCCUGGUUAUUCCUUCCAGUCACAUCGAGGAAUGGUCGGCGGUUGACGAGUUCAAGAAAAUCACAUCACCAGUCCCGCUGACACCCUCGGCCCAGCUGCCAAUGUCCCCAGCCCAAAUCAGCUUCAUGGGAUUACAGCAGGCCCUUCAUAUCCCGUCCGCACCACCGUCUCUCGAUGGCAGCUUGACCUCGGAGCAGCUUGCAGCAAUGAGCUCCCCACCCACGCCCAUCAUUGGCAACGAUGAAGUUCCCCAGGAAGAAAACUGGCCUGGUGUGCGUCUACAGCCUGGUGCUCUCGCCACACUUCACACCCUAUCUUCCAACGACAGCGAAUCCGAGGAUGAAGCCUCUCAAGCAUUGGAAUUUGCCCCCAUGGAGAUGCGACCCGUUUCGCAAACGCAACAACUUCCGUUCCGCCUGAUGACAGACCUUUUGCAGCCCCGCCCCAGCACUUCAAAUGCAACGCGCCAGUCGCUUCUGGAGCUGAGCAAACUGGAUAUUCCCUCUCCCGGCGGCUUCUUCUCUGACCUUUCCCCAAGAGCCCGAAAUAAAUGGCAUUUACCGAGCGAGUCUCCAGCAGGCAUGCCCCCACCUACCUCGACAACCGCUGAACAGUUCUACCGCUGCCCGUGGAACGUUCCUUCGGAGGUUCCGCCCGUUCCCAGCCGACCUGACUCGGCCGAGGGUUUCUAUCGCAUUUCUGGAUUCUCUUCUGAGCCUGUAGAGCACAUUAUCGAGGUCCCUUAUGGUGAUGACGAUGACGAUGAUGAUAUGCCAACUGCUCGCCCGAUCAUUCCAACACCCAAGGCGUCCGUCUUUAACAAGGCUCCUGUGACCGCAUCGUCUCCUGAUGUUGAAGAAGCCCCAACCGAGAUUGUCAUCGACUAUGAUCCUGCCUAUGCCCGAAAGCAACAGAAAGCAGCCCUCUCCAACCUUGAUCGCACCGAACACUGGCUCUUGGCCCAGCGAUCAUAUCUUAAGGGUGUUGACGAACCAGACAACGGCGCUCUCCAGACCAUUGCCGAGGACAUUGACACAGAGGAACCAGAGGAGCAGGACAAGGCUACUUCAGAGUCACAGAAGAAAGUCGUGCGAUUUUCCCACAUUCUGCCCACAGUGCAGCCCAAGCGACUUCCUUCCACUCUCGGUCGCCAAGAAUCAGCAUACUACCGCGCGUUCCAAGACUACAUUGUGCGCGCACAGCGUUCGGACGUGUUUAUCCACCAGCUCCCACGGUUUGAAGCUUUGCAGAGCCAGCGUGUUGGUCUCCGCGAGGUUCACUUGAACCAGCUGCUUGGCAAGUACCAGUUAAGCGUUGUUCCUCAGUCGGCCAAGAAGCGUCUUAGUGCCAACGUGGUGCGAGGCGAUCUCAACUUGACAGACGACCCUGAAAAGAUCCGGAAAGAAAAGGAGCUGGAGGCCAUGAAUCAGAUUGCCAUGCCGUCAUGGCACGUUGCCGCUGUCAAGUUCCUCAACGGGGGGCAACUGAUUCGAGCUCCCAUCACGAAGCGACUGGCCAGAAUCUCCAUGCACACCAUGAGCAAGGAUGGCCAGACACGCGACAGAUCUCGCAUCCUCGACCUCGGCGGGCAAAGCACUGGUGACUGGGCUUGGCACUGUGCUCUGCAGUACCCCAACACCAAGAUUUACACCGUCACGACCAAGACUAUUCGCCAGCUUUCCAACGCCAACAUUCACGGACCGCCCAACCACCGUCAGGUGGCCGUCGAAAAGUUCAACCAUCUGCCCUUCCCUGACAAUCACUUUGACCUCAUUUCUGCCCGCGAGCUCCACAGCAUCCUCAAGUUUGUUGGCGAAAAUGGUGAGGAUGAAUGGGAGACGUGCACGCGGGAAUGCAUGCGUGUCCUGAAGCCUGGCGGCUAUCUCGAGUUUUCCAUUCUCGACUCCGAUAUCAUGAACGCCGGUCCUCUGGGCUUGGCCAAGAGCGUCGAGUUUGGCUUCUCCCUCAAGACUCUCGGCUACGAUCCCAGCCCCUCCAAGCUGUGGCUGAGAAGACUUGCACGCGCCGGUUUCAGCGACACGCGCCGUGCCUGGGUUUGCUUGCCGAUGGGGGCCCAGCGCAACUUUUACAAGGUGCCCGCCGCCGUGUCUGGCGCAAGUGGAAAGCGAGACGAGGCGGCUCAGGUCCACCAGAUGGAAGGCAUGACCAUGGGGGGCGCCGGUAACAUCGCAGGUGUGUGCAGCAUCGUGGGCGGUUGGAGUUGGGAGCGCUGGCUGCUGCGUUGCGAGAUGGAAAAGGUGGCGGGCGAGUUGCGCCUGGCGGACACGGUGACGGUGGGAGAGUCGAUGAGGGAGGCGGCCAAGUGCUUGAAGGGGGUUCACGAUGUGAUGGAGGAAGGACGGGGCUGUCGGUCUGGGUUCCGGAUGCUCAACGGGUAUGCCCGGAAGCCCUUUCCGGAUUCUGCAUCCAUUUCCAUUGGAUUUAGCGGAUAA